AUGGCAGUCACCAUGCCCAAACCAACAUUGUGUGAUCUGGUCAACUCUAACGUUCCAAACGAUGGCAACAUACUGCUCACCAAUGUGGAAGUAAAUCAGACCAAUUCGAACGAGUUCUGUCCGAACGGACACUCGAUCCACGAUAGUGGUGACGAUGAAACAGGUGAAUACCUCAGUGAAGUCACAACAACUCAGUCAGACAGACCGAACGGUACCGAACUCAGAGGAGUCGAGUCGCCAAACGGAACAUCCAUAUCGGCGAAUGACUAUGCCAAUUCCGAAGAACUGGAUCAACCAUCACCGACAAAUAUUUUGCGCUGGAACUAUCGACAUACUAAACUGUUUAUUGGACAAAUUCCCCGUAGUAUGCAAGAAGACGAUGUGCGGUUAGUGUUAGAACCAUUCGGACCUAUCUAUGACCUGCUUAUACUACGAGACAAACUGACUGGAAUGCACAAGGGAUGUGCAUUCGUGACCUUCUGCGACAAGGAGUCCGCCGCCAGGUGUCAAGAUGCAUUGCAUGGAAAGCAAACACUUCCAGGAAAAACAUCAACUGGACAAUUACAGACUAUUGGACAGGGAAGCAAAACUCUCAUAUGCAUCUUGUUUACAAAAACUGAGCAUCCACCUUCUCUUGAACGCGUCUUCCUGAACUUUCCUGGGUAUUCAUUGACUGUUUCCCAAAUCCAAGCAAAUGCGACUCCACAAGUCCCGUAA